ACCCACAGGGCCCCAACCCUAAAAACCUUUUUGUUUGUUUAUCUCCUUCUCAAAGUCUCAACCACCUCCACGGCUCCACACUCUCCCUUCCCCCCAUUCUCUCUCCACACAGUACAAGAAGAUUUGGUCGCUCUCCCUGCAUGACAUCUUAAAAGAAACUCUUGCCCUCACACACUGCCGAACCAGUUGAAAGGUAAUGGGAAAGUACAUGAAGAAAUCGAAGAUCACAGGUGGUGACGUCGCGCUGCUUAUGGACCUCGCGCACACUCCUCAAGCGGCCUCCAUUGGUGUCUGUACUAGAGCCAAGGCUUUGGCCCUCCAACGGCUCCAGAAAACCACUCCCUCACCCGCGGUUGCACCGAACCAAGAUGCCUCAUCUCUGUCCUACCUACAGCUACGCAGCCGCCGCCUCCAGAAGCUUCCUUUGAUCAUAAAACAACAGCCGCAGCAACAGCAACAGCCAAGAGAGUGCUGCAGGGAGAGCCCUAGCCCCAGGCCCAAUUCGAGACCUAGGGUGGGGCAGGUGGACUCGGGGUUGGUGGAGGAGUAUGAGCAGGGAUGCUUUGGUGCAUUUUGCAAGGGGAAUGAAGCAGAGGAGAGUAAUGAUUUGGGGGUCGAGGCUUCGUUUGGAGAAAAUAAUUUGGAGCUUGAUGGCAGAGACAGGAGCACCAGGGAGAGCACGCCUUGUAGUUUGAUAAUGGCCUCGGAUUCCCUGGGAACCCCUGGUUCAACCACCAGGCGGCGAACAGUUUGUACUGAAAGUAACCAGAGAGUUCGGAAUGACAUGCGAAGAAACAUCCCAACAGCACAAGAGAUGGAGGAGUUCUUCGUCCAUGCUGAGCAGCGACAACAGAGAAUAUUCAUCGAGAAGUACAACUUCGAUGUGAUGAACGAUUCGCCGCUUCCAGGACGAUACGAAUGGGUGCAGAUUAUUCCCGGCGCCAAGUUCAUCUAAUUAGAGUUGAUAUUCCCUGCAAAUUAUCAAUUGAUUUCUGGCUGAGCAUAUUUGUAGUGUGGGGAUGAGCAAGAGGGCUGUAUUUCAUUUUCAUCACCCUCCUAAGUGCAUUGAAAGGAAAGUAGGGCUUGAGGCUUCUGAUUUAAUGGAUCUGUAACGUUAUAGACCCUAUGAAUUACACACUAACCAACUGAAAAAGAAAAAAAAAAAAAAA